CGCUCGUGUCCCGUCGCGAGAGCUAUCGCCCAACUUUUCUUGAUCGGAUUUGUGUGUUGUGUUGAAUAGUGAUGUGACUGUUAACACUGUGAUGUGUGAUUUAUUGAUAUACUGAAGCAAAGAAUACAGCAAUUACAAAAUGAAGAAGUAUCUAAGGGAACAUUUUGAAAAGUAUGAGUGUUGUGAAAAUUAAUGAUAUAGUGUUGUGACAUUGUGAAAAUGGCAAUAGCAAAAAAUACCGGAUUAUUAUUUAUGAUGUGGGUGAUAAUACCAUUGCAUCGAGCUGAUAAUUUAGAACUGCUCCUUGGCACACUCCGGACGCACCAGAAAGGCGCUUGUGACGAAGAGACAGUGACUCUUAUAUGUCCCAGAGGCACAACUAUCAGCAUACAAGUGGCGCAGUAUGGGUCUUCAGCAACCCAGACAUCGUGUUCUCCGGAGCUAUUGGAGUAUCCACCGGUGGCUGUUGAAGUGGUUGGGGACACGAGCUGUACUUGGCCAAAUGCAUUACAGUAUUCCUUGUUGCAGACAGUCGUCGAGGCGUGCCAGAAAAAACGACAGUGCAAAUUCAACACGAGCCCUAAAGCUUUUGGUAUAGACCCUUGUCCUGGUUCCAGAAGAAUUGUUGAAGUAGCAUAUAAAUGUCGUCCAUACGAGUUUCGAAGUAAAGUUGGCUGUGAGAACGACGUGCUUCAUUUGAGCUGUAACCCACAUUCAAGGGUUGCUAUAUACUCGGCACAGUACGGGAGGACUGAGUAUGAUUCAAUACAAUGCCCACAGCCUCGAGGGAUGAAAGAAGAAACAUGCCUAGAACCAUACGCAACGGAGACAGCUAUGCGAGAAUGUCAUGGAAAGAGACGGUGCGUUCUAUCGGCUGACAGCAACAUGUUCGGCAAACCUUGUCGAACGGGAAGCAGGACUUAUCUUAAAGUUGUCUACACAUGUGUGCCGCAGACAGUGUUGAAGGAGAGGUACGAGAGUGCUCCUGAAGAAGACGAGGUAGCCCACGUGGUGCCUGAUCUUGAGCACGAAGAUAUUGAUGACCCAGCAGACAGAUGGUGGGGGGAAGCAGUGCCGCCUGCACCAGCUGUGGCUGCUGUACCUCCUCAACGGCCAGCACAUUCCAUUAAUGCGACCAGAGAAGAAACUUCAAUUAUACCACCACAACAGCACUUGCCAAAAGAAGGUAAGAAAGUGUGA